AUGGGCGGUAAGACUUGGUCCAGGGACGAGGAACGUUUGUUCUGGGAAGUCAUUGUUCCCCAAUCAGCAGCUGCUGCAUACCCAGACGACGACGGUUGUCUCUCAUGGGAACAGCUUGCUGAUGAAAUGAACAAGUUAUCUGGCGCUAAUGCUCGCCGGGUAUAUACUGGAACGAUGCUCUACGAGCAUCACUACCAGAACAUCAAGCCUGGUCACAGAUCUCCCAAGGCUGCCGAAUUUGUCGACAAGUAUUUGCAAGACGCAGCAUAUUUCAAAGAGCAUGGAUCUCGUCGGCCCUCUACUCCUUCCAAUGAUUCUGCUUCAGCUUCAGAGCCCCUCGACCCUCAAAUCGUCGAACUUCUGCAGGACAAAGCGAAACCGAAGCCGAAGACCCGACGGCAGCGCAAGGCACGCCACCCUUGGGAGCGACAAGGCGAGGAUCAGCCUCCCCGGCCGUUUUUCAGCAUGCCCAAGACAUUGGAAGAGAUUGGGGCCUAUUCGGUUACACCAGGCAACAGAGCUCAACAACAGCCGCCUAAAGGAUAUACCACGCCUGACCGUGCUGAUACUCGUUCUCGGCCCUACCCGUUUCCCAAGUCUGCACUUGUUUCCGUUCCUGGCUCCGGAUCCGUCUCCGUUUGGAACCAGUCAAUUGAUCGCUCAGAAAUUGAUAGGAGUCAAAUGUCUGGGCGUCCAGCAAUGGCGUUUGAGCACACCCCGAAGCCCAGUUCUGGGCUUUUGAAACAGCCUGCCGAUGUGAAGAUGGAAGGGGGAUACUGGCACUCGACAUACAGAGCUGAACAGGACCAGAGGUCCAAAGAGGCAAUGUACAUGACUUCAGGAAGUACCAGUGCUCAGUCACCUCAGCCACCGACGCCAGAUUAUGCAUCUUCAUGGGCCGAUCCAGGUCCUAGCCGCCAGCGAACACAUCAGGAGCAAUGGGACGGAAGGCUUCCAUCCAUUCGCGAGAUGCUUCCUCGCGAGUUUGGAACACCGGCGUAUGAUUCUUACUACCCACAUGAGGUGAACCGACGAGUUGACAAGCGCAACUUCUCCAACGAACAAGGCCACAUGCAAGCCCCUGAUUCCACCCCAAAGCGUCGCAGACUUCCUGAUGCGCCUGUCCGUCACCAACAAGAUGAACAGCAGCAAUCACGCCGAUACGACUAA